AUGUUUCCAACACAACAUUAAGAUCUGCCGUUUUUCUUUCAGAUACUGAUGAAUACAGACCACCUGUUUGGAAAUCUUACUUGUAUCAGUUGCAACAGGAAGCUCCCCAUCCUAGAAGGAUAACCUGCACUCGCGAGGUAGAGAACAGACCCAAAUAUUAUGGAAGAGAAUUCCAUGGGAUGAUCUCAAGGGAGGAAGCUGACCAAUUAUUAAGUGUUGCAGAGGGAAGCUAUCUCAUUCGUGAAAGCCAACGGCAACCUGGAACCUACACUUUGGCAUUAAGAUUUGGAAGUCAAACCAGAAACUUCAGACUGUACUACGAUGGAAAGCACUUUGUUGGGGAGAAACGUUUUGAGUCCAUCCAUGACCUGGUGACAGAUGGAUUGAUUACUCUUUAUAUUGAAACGAAAGCAGCUGAAUACAUUGCCAAGAUGACAAUAAAUCCUAUUUAUGAACACGUAGGAUAUACAACUUUAAACAGAGAGCCAGCACACAAAAAACAUAUGCCAAGCCUGAGAGAUGAACAUGAUGGCAAAGAGUCUACAGGAGAGGAUGAGGUAGCAGAAAAGAGGACCAUUCCCAAAUGCUUGGAGAGCACUAGGAGAAAAAGAGUGGGAGGCGACUGGCCAUCGUGGUGUCCCCUCCCAGAUGUCAGAAUAGGGCGAAGAGCCCCCGAGCUGGUCUGCCACGGUGAGCAGCUCUGGGCAGAGCAGCAAUCGGGGGCAAGGGCUUUGGUGGAAGGGGUGUGCAACGAACUCUGGGUGGUGGCACUUGCGUUCACUUCCUUACUAGAAGAGCUUGUUACGCUCUAUGAGUUUGACGAGCCUCUUUUUAUACAAAAAGCAUUAGAAAAUGUCAUUUUAAGGGAAGAGUG